AUGUCAUCACCCCAUCGUAUUGAAAUUGUUCCAGGAUAUGAAUUGGCUUUAGGAGACAUUAAACAGGCUACAAAUGCUAAAGUCGCAAUUUUUGCUUGUCAUUUUGAUUUAACACAGACUGAAACAAAGAGAACUAUAUUGACGAAUACAGCAGAUACAGAAGAGGCUAGUGUUGAACAAAAAGUUAAAGAGAUGGCGGAGGCUGGUGUUUCUGUAAUUGUUGUUGCUGGAAAAUUUAAAGACCUUUACACACACUUUUUGAAUAAAUACAAAAUUAUGGGUGUUAGAUUAACUUCAAAAUACGGUUUACGCCGCCUUUGCCAUGCUUUGGGCGCGCAAGCUCAAGCUGUUAUUUGUGCUCCACCAGAUGAUUCUUUGGGGAAAUGUGACAAUGUCUUUAUAAAGGAACUUGGAGAUUCUCAGACAGUCAUUUUUGAUAAACAAUCAGCAACCGCCAAAGUGGUAACCGUCAUUGCAAAAGUCGGCUCUUUUCAAUUUAUUUUGGAUUAUGUUGAACGUUCAAUUGAUGAUGGAGUAGAUCCUUUUACAGCGUUGUCUAAGGAUAAUCAGGUUUCUGCUGAUGGUGCAUCAAUUUUCGCAACCCCGAUUAAAGUGAAUACGAAAUUGUUUUAUAAUGGAUUCCAUUAUUUUCUCUAUCGUUCGUUGAAUUUGAAUAAUUGGCGUUGUACGAUGCAGCAAAAUCCGAAAAUGAGAUGCAAUGGAUCUGUUAAAUUUUUUGAAAAAACAGCUUGCUUGGAUAAUUAUCAUAGAUGCGUCGUUGAUGAUUCAAUUAUUGCAAAAAUAAAUCAACACGUAGAAUCUGGAAAUUGGGAAAAGGCUUUAAAUACUGCUAAACAACAAAAGCAUCGCCCUCUACUGGACAAAUAUUUGGCUGUAUAUUCAAAAGAAUUACUUUUAAAUGAACAAAUUGGACAAGUUUUGGAUAUUUUUCGAAAAUAUGGAGCUUCUUUCAAUUUUCAAUUGUUACCUAUUUAUAAUACGUUAGCUGAAAAGCUUUUAAAUGAACAACCAAAUAUUAACAAUUAUCAAAAAAUUACUACAGCAUUUAAUUUACCCUCAAAAAAAAUGUGUGAUGAAUUGGAAGAGGAAGAAAAUAUUGUCCCGGUGGAAGUUGAUAGAGGGAUUCAAUCUUCUUCACUAGCUAAAGACGUUUAUGAUCACAAAGAAGAAGAAGAGGAAAUGCUACAAGAAGAAACACCACAUGAAGAAAUUCCAACAUCUCCACUUUCAAGUAAUAAAUAUGAAAAUGUUGUUGUAUGGGGACGUGGUCUUUUAUCUGUUGGAACGAGUGCCAAUGAGGAGCUUGCUGUACAUGUGGAUAAUUGUGAGGAUGAAGUUGUUGUUAAUGUUAAAAAAGAUGACAUACUCAUCCCAGUUUCCCGUCAAGAUUUUGAACAGAGACCGUCAGCAGCAUCACAACCUUUUACUGCUAUACAUCCUCGGCAAUCUUUUGUGUUUACUCCGCGUACAAGCGGGAAGUAUGAGGUUUCUGUGAAAUGCGCUGCAAGCAGUACAUAUUUAGGAAGCAGUCCGUACAUGAUUGUAGUUGGCCCAAAGAACAUUUCAAGCAUUCGAGCUGUCGGCCCUGGAUUGGAAGGAGGUGUUGCUGAGGAGAGGGCUGUCUUUUAUGUUGACACACACGAAAGAGCAAAUUAUUUAGAAUUUUCAAUCGAGGGACCCAGCAAAACGGAGAUUAUUUACUCUGACAAUGGUGAAGGAACGGCAAUGGUUGAAUACACACCCCAUGUUCCGGGUCGUUAUACAAUCAACAUCACCGAACUUGACACAAAUUCCCAUAUAAAAGAUUCACCUUUUGUUUUUUGGAUUGAACCAGCAAAUUUGCUUCCUUUUAAAAAUGUUGUUCGCCCAAUUCGAAUACCAUCAUUUGAAAGCAACGAAGGACAAAUUGACAAACAAUUUAAUUUUAAAAUUCCAAAAGAAAUUGAAGCUGAAACAUUCUACGUUGAAAUCUACGACCCAAAUUUACAAAAAGUCGAUUUUGAUUGUGAAAAUAAACCUGAAGGAAAUUUUUACAGUUUUGUGCCGCAAAAGGAAGGAAAGCACUUGAUUAGUGUUGUCGCCGAUAAACUGGCAGUUGAAGGAUGGCCUUUUGUUAUUUUUGUUUAUUGCCCUUUUGACCCAAAUGAAAUUUGGCUUAGCGGUCCAGCAUUGAGUCCAACUAUUCAAACACGUCAAAAAACAAAUUUUUUAAUUGAUUUUUACAAUAUUCCAAAACGAAAGCAUGUCCAGGUUACUGUGGUUGGACCUGAAGGGGAAGAAGUUCCUGUAGAGGUUGACUUGAAAACUUUGUCUGUCUACAACGCUCGCUAUGAACCGAUGAUUCCUGGCGUCCACAAAAUUUAUUUGACUGUGAAUGACCAAAAAAUAUUUGAAAUACCAGUGAAUGCAAUUGAAUAUGACAAAGAAGAAAUAUUGGAAGAAGAGGAUGUUGGAGCUAGAGUUGCAAGUGAAAUACCUCAGCCAGUUAUUGGACUUUCCACAGCUAUUGUUUUCACGUCUCCAAAUCAACACAUCUCUGACUUAUCUGUUCAUGUGCACGGACCAAGCGGCGAUUUGAAACAUGAUCUAAAGAUGGAACAAAUUGAAAAAGAAAAAUUCCGAGUUAGCUUUGUCCCGCACCAAUCUGGUCCACACACUUUUGAAUUGAGAAAUAAACAUGGCCAUUAUGACUUUAACUUCGAUGUCGUUACUUUAAAUGAAGAGGAAGACGAUGUUCCCGAUUGGUUUCAUGAUUUGUUUAGUGAAGAGGAUGAUCAAGAAAAUGUUUCUAUUCAACAACCUUCAUUAACCUUCAAAAUUGCACCAGAUAGAGUUUUAAAGAAGAAUGCAAAAUUGUCAAAGAAACAACAAAAUAAGUUAGUGUCAGGACUUAAAAAACAGGCCGGCAUUUUAACUGAGCUAAUUCAUGAUUUUGAAAGGAGUCAAAAAGAAAGUGUGCAGAAAGAGGUCGGAUAUUUUUUUAACCGUAAUUUCGUCCUUUUUAAGGGAAAAAUGGCUAAUAAAGUCAAUCACGUCAAUGGCAUUGUUCAGGUCUUGGCAUCCGCCUUGUGCUCUGCUGCUAUGCUUUUGAAUAGCCAAACACCACAAAAACAGAAUCAGCAAAUUCAAGAGACUGUCAAUGAUUCAACUCCGCCAAUUUCUUCAAAAAGGACAAGACUAGAUAAUUCUACCACUGUUAUUCGACCAACAACAAAUGGAAGGCGAAAAGGAAACAAAAGAAAUGCUGGAAAAACUAAUGAAGCCAAUAAUUCAAAGAGGGAAAUUCGUAAUGUGAAUGACAUUUUUGAAAUGAUCUCUACAAUGACUGCAGCAAUAUCUACUCCUCCGGCAAUUUCGACUCCUCCAGCAAUUUCUACUCCUCCUAGAAGAGAUGAAGUGAUUCCAAUGCUCCAAAAGGAAUUGGUGAAUGUACAAGCACAGCCGGAGGAUAAUAUUGACGAAAUGGGCAUAAGAAGUUCAACAAAUGAAGAUAAAAUGCCUGAAAAUAAUAAUAAUUCUGUUGAAAAUGUAAAUAAUGCUCCGGCAAUUUCUACUCCUCCUAGAAGGGAUCAAGUGAUUAAAUGCACGAAUACAUUAGCCAUAAUAGAAGAAAAAGAGGAAUCUAACUUAAAUAAAAUGCCCCAAAAGGAAUUGUUGGUGAAUGUACAAACACAGACGGAUGAUGAAAUGGGCAUAAGAAGUACAACAGAUGAAGAUAAAAUGAAGGAAAAUAAUAGUAAUUCUGUUGAAGCUGUAAAUGAUGCUACCGUCAAAAACCGUCCACCGAAAAGGUUAAUUUGUUGCUGUAGCUCCAAUGCAGCGGAAGGCUUAAAUGUUGAUGAAUUUCCAGAAGGAUGCAAAAAACGCCCAAAAUUGCUUUUGGAAAAUGAAGAACAACAACGUGAUAAAGACCGCAACAAAGCAUUGUCGCCGCCUUCGCCAAAAAGAAACAACAAGGAAGAUAAAGAAGAGAAGCAAAUGAAGAAAAUGAUAUUGUAUCUGGAAAAAGAUGCAGUGGUUCAAAUAAAAUGAAAGAUUAGGUUUAUAUUUUUUGUU